UGUGGUUUGAAUAUUUUCAGCAUCAAAAAAAGUCAAAUACUUUUUAAGAGUAUUUAAAAUCUCAAUAUUCAUUGGCAAAAGCAUGCCAUCAAGUUGACUUUAUCUCGUAAACAGUUUAAAAGAAAGGUGAAAUCUAAACAGAGAAAUUGUUUUAAAAAAUAAUAAGUUUCGAGAGUGAGUGCAGUGAAUUAGUUUAAAAUGUCUGGAAGAGGCCAGAAACGUAGAGGACGCCCUCCCAAAACUCCAGCAGUUGAUAAAAAGUACAACCUGUUAAAGAAACCAAAAUAUCUGCAAAAUGAUUCCCGCUUAAGUACACCGUCAGCAUCGAGAGCAUCCUCGCCUCAAGAUAGCGAAGAAAGUUUUAUAAAAAAGAAGUCAGAUUUAUUAAAAAAGCGACGUGGACGGCCUCCUACUAAAAAUAAACGAGGUGGAAAUUCUUCAUAUCAAAAUCGAAGAAGUUACAAUUCGCCAACAUACAAUAAAACUGAUUAUCAUUAUGGCUCUGAUUUCGGAGAUUCCACUGAAAAAAGCGACGACGAAAUGGCAAUGUCACACAGUGAUUCUCCCGAAAGCUUCAGUAUUGACUCCGAUAGUGAUUUUUCGUUGAGCAGUUACAGUAACAUUGGUCAAUCAUCCAAUCAACCUCGAUCAGUGACACCUGAACCAGUGUGGAUCAAAGACGACAUUGAGAUUCCUCCUCUAGAGCUCCCCAAAAGCUCAGAUGAUUUAAUUGUACCAAAGCAAUAUGUAUUGAGGUCUCUAGGAAUAUAUGAAGUUCUCCGUCGAUACCGAAAUUUAGUGAGAUUGUCUCCGUUUCGUGUUGAGGACUUUUGUGCUGCUUUGAUGUCAGAUGAACAAAGUACGCUCUUCACAGAAAUUCAUAUAGCACUCUUAAAAGCAAUCCUCCGCGAAGAAGAUUCCCAACAAACGCAUUUUGGACCACUCGAUCAGAAAGAUAGCAUUAACAUAGGUUUAUAUCUUAUCGACACAGUUACAUGGCCGGAAGUUUUGAGAAUGUAUGUCGAAAGCGAUCCAUCAUUCAGCCGUCCAGUUCUAGAUAUUUUGUCUCAAAAAGAAUAUCCUUAUGCAUCAAUCGAUGACCGUCUAACGGUGUUGCAAUUCCUUACUGAUCAAUUUCUUACAACGACUUUCAUUCGUGAUGAUAUGAUUCAAGAAGGUCCGAUACAUUACGACGAUCACUGUCGAGUCUGUCAUCGGCUAGGAAAUUUACUUUGUUGUGAAACUUGUCCAGCAGUUUAUCAUCUGGAAUGUGUGGAUCCACCUCUUGAAAACGUUCCAACUGAAGACUGGCAAUGCAACAUUUGUAAAUCACAUAGUGUGAGUGGUGUUAAUGAUUGCAUUUCGAAUCAAGAAAAGCAAGGGACGUUAUGUCGACACGAGCAUUUUGGCUUCGAUCGUCAUGCUCGUAAAUAUUGGUUUGUUUGUAGGCGUUUAUUCAUAGAAACUGAGGAUGGAUCAGAAGUUUGGUAUUUUACAACAAUGAAACAAUUUGAAAAUGUAAUUAAAAAGUUAGAUUCAAAUUUUUUUGAAAAACAACUGUGCAAGAUCAUGGAGGAAUACAAAGAAGAGAUUGUACGACAAAUGAAAUUGACAGAAACGCUCACAGACUCGUUGAAAGGGAAUAAAAAAUCUUAUUUAGAAGUUGAACAUGAAAAGCUUGGAAAAGAUGUUUCGAGUGAAGCUGAAACUGAAAAUGGAUCGACAGAGAUGAAUGGCAACAACAAUAAUAAUAACGGUGAAGAUGUUGAACAAGAAUUAGAAUCUAUUGAAAUGAUCAAAAAUAAUCAAACACAUUUGACACGAUCGCGUACGAAUCAAUUGUACAGUGGAACAUUUUUCUUUAAGCUGGGCAUGGAGAACAGCCAUAAAGAAUAUUGCAAUCAAUUCACAACAAAUCCAUUAGCAUUGAACAAGCCGCAAAAGAAUGAAGAACGUGAUAAAAAGCGACAUUUAUCUCAUAAGUUUUCACUCACGCAAGCAUCUGAAUUCAAAUGGGGUGGACUUUUAAAUGGUACUCACAGCAGCUUAAUUGCAAUCUUUAAACAAACACUUUUGACAUUUGAAUCAUCCAUAACUCAAACAUUUAUGCACUGCAAUUGGUGUAAGUUGCGUAAAUCAUGGUUGAAUGCUGUUUCGGCGUCGAAUUCGCCACGAGAUUUCGUGAAAGUUCUCGUAACAUUACAAAGUUGCUUUAAGAAUGUUAUUUAUGCGAAUGUUUGGCAUGAACAAUUGGGUCACGUUCAUUUAUAUCGUGUGACAUCAAACGAGAGAGAAGAGCGAAAAAAGAUUGAAAAACGUGAAAAACGAGAAGAAAACGAAGAGGAACGUAAUCGUCUUGCUUAUAAUUAUGUGAAAUACUCACUCGGCUUAAGACAUCAAGUGUGGAAGCAAAAGGGGGAAGAAUAUCGCAUUCAUGGUCAAUGGGGAUGGCUUUGGUCGUCAAUAAAUCGAAGAAGCCAUCAACAAAAUAAAACAUCGAGUAGUCGAAUCAAAUGCAGAUUUGUUGUGAUUAAAGAUGGAGACAAGAAAAAAGUCUUGAAACUCAAACGACAAACGUUUGAUAUGUUAGAAUCUGCUUUGGAAUAUUCAAAAAAGACACAAAAUAUGACAAAUGAGAAUUUAGAGAAAACAUGUGAAGCAUUGAAGUCCAUUGAAAUUGAGAAAAAUGAUGUUUCCAUAUCUUUUGAGGGUAUCGACAUCUCUCAAGCUCUUAAAGCAAAAACAAGAAUUGUUUAUCCUAAAAUUGGUAAACGUUCAACAUUGGACAGUUUACUUGAACGACGAGAAAAGCUUCGUGAUGAUGAGAUGAAAGUUAUGAAGUCCAAUGAAAUGGAGCAAGAAAUUCCAGCAAACAUCAUUUCAUCUGGCACUGAUGUGACAUCCUCAGCUGGGAAGAAGAAGGAAUCUGGCACAACGAUCACUCUUGAUCAUAUGCUUCAAGGUAUUGCUGACAAUAAAAGUCGAUUAAGUCAAAGACCAAAAUUGUCUGAAACAAACGAUAAAUGUAUAGAAAUCAUUUCUUUGAUGUCUCAAUUGAAUAAAGUGAAGGAGAGUCAAAGUGUCUACAAAUGCUUCUCAGAACAAUGUCGAAAUGCAACAACGAACACGUUAACACUUUUUUCAACCGAGAAAUGCUUUUCAGCAUUAUGUCGUAAGGAGAGUCAACUGAAAGAGAACAUUUCUCGUAUGCUUCAAGAACUUAGAGACAAAUAUAUGGGAGCCUUAAAGAAAGGCUCGAUUCUUCAUCAGAAACUGUCUGAAGCUAAGAAUAUUGAUUUAAUUGAUAUAUUGAAGAAAUAUCAACUUAACGAAUUUAUUUCCGAUGAAUAUUAUGAGUAUGAUGUGGAGACUUGUUUAAAUGACAUCGCCUCAGCUCUUGAAGAAUUUGUGGAGUUUGACGAAUCUUUGUUCGCACCUUUUACUGUGAAAAUGGAAGCAAAAAUUGAAAAUGAAGAUGAAAAUGAAGAACCAAAACCAGAAAUUAAAGUCGAAGAAGAUCCAGAUGACAUUACACUCUUUAAGUUAAAAGAAAAAGCGGCUUAUGUGAAACAACCAAAUCGUCGAUUCUUAGCUAUUCCUAAACCUCCAAAGAAAGAAACUGAAAUUGCUAAAGAACUUGAUUCAGAAGGAAACGAAAAAAUUUAUGCUGCAACUGCCACAGCUGGUAGAAUUUACUUGAAAAAAGUAGGAAAGCUUUCAGCUGCCAAUAAAUUGUCAGGCUCUCAACAAAUUAUAUCUACAACCAAUAAUAAUAGUGUGAAAUAUCCAGCAAUUACCACAUACAACACCGUUAAAAACACGAGAAGUGUGUUGAUUCUUCCAAAGUAUGAACUUGAGAAAUGUGCCCGACGAGCAGGAAAAUAUUAUGUCAAUGGUUUCAAUCAUCAAGCAAAGAGUAAUAACAGUGUUUGGCCUUAUCCAUGCUCAAGACCUUUCUUCAAAACAUGUUGGAUUUAUCGUACACUUUGUGCAAAUUCGUUUUCCGCGCUUGGCUUACAAUUACGGAUUUUAUGGACAUGUUUACGAUGGGAUGACAUGCAAACAAAACAACAGACAACUGAUGGUAAAAAUCAAGUUACAACUGAAACUGAGAUUGUGACAACUGAAUUGCUCAAACAUCGAAAUAUUGGAAUGUUCAUGGAACAAACGCAAUACUUCCGUCGACGUAUUGUCAUUCCCCUUGAAUUGCCGAAAACGGUUCGUGAAGUGACGUCCAUCCGUUCUGGAUUAAGAAAAAGAAAAAGAGCUGAAUCACCAAGACAAACCGAUCCACAAGUUUCCGAAGAGUGGAUUGAUGAAGACAAGCUUGAACUUUGGGAGAUUCGACAAUAUGUAGAAAAACAAGAACGAGCUAAUAUCAUUCCUACAACAAGAACAUCAACAGGAAAACUUCCACUACCAAGACAAUUCGAUCUCCCUGAAACUCCCAACACAAAUCGCGUAUUAGUAAGUCGAAUAACAUCUGCUGAUGCUAAGGAAAAAAUGGAGCAACAACUACGUUUGCAAAGAGAUGCCAAUAAUAAGAAGAGAGCAGAAGAUCUCAACAAACAAGCAACACCUCAAUACAAAACUAUUAUUCGAAAAGUUAUGUUAAAAAAUCCUGACGGAACAACGAGAUUUGUAAACGAAACAACAACACAACAGAUUACGCCUAGACUUUUGGAAACACCACAAAAGAUCCAAGUUAUGCGUGGACCUGAUGGCAAGAUGAGUGUUCGAGGCCUUCAACCAAAUCAGAAACUCGUUCAGACAGCUGACGGCAAAUACUUAAUUCUUCCAUCAAAUCAUUCAGUUGUCGGGGGUAAAGUUGUAUCACAAUUACCAUUAGCUACUUCAACUCCUGUUUCAAGGGCAUCUACAACUCCCCAACAACCGCCACAGAAAGUUUUAAUAAGAGCCGUUCAACCUAAAACUGCAGCUGUUAACACAAUCGUUAAAACUACAACGGAGCAGAAAGAGUCCCCAACUACUUCAGUUGCACCAACGACCCCAAUUCAAAAGAUCAUCACGAGUUCAGGUCAAGUAAUAACACAACAAAUUCCAUCAAACAUUAUUUCGUCAGCAAACUUCCAACAACUUUUACAACGUGGAAAUGUUACGACUGGACAGAAAAUUGUCGUUCAAGGUGGGCUUGGAGGUGUACAGAAAUUAUUGGUAACGUCACAAACGAAUCAACAAGUUCAACCAAGUGGAGAGAAACGAAUCAUUAUUCAGAAUGCUUGUGGGCAGCAACAACAAUAUAUCCUUCAGAAUCAAAACAACACAUCACAACAGCCUCAACAGUUUGUGACAAUUGGUGGGCAGAAACUUCUCUUACAAACAUCAUCAGCAUCACCACAAAUUCAACAAAUCAAAACCGUGACAAGUCCUGUGCAGCAGCAACAACAACCUCAGCAAGCUCAACCUAUACAGUUUCAAAUUCAAGAGCCUCAACCUCAACAACAACAACAGCAAAUUGUUGUGCAACAUAAUGGAAAUAAUUUGAGUCAACAGCUUGCUCAAGGAAAGAUUCAAGUAUUAAAUUUGAAUGGGCAGCAAGUGUUGGUGAAAAGUGUGGGAAAUAAUCAAUCGAUUAUUGUUGGACAAGUGAAAACGAGUACAACAAGCACACCGCAAGUUGUAACGACUACCACAAUAAAAUCAAAUGCUCAACCUCCAUUAACAACGAUAUCAACGCCAAGUCAACAACAGAUUGUCAAAUCACCUCAAGCUUCAAAUUCUGAAGGAGCAAAGCAAAUUUCGGGAUCGGCUGAAGAUGUCUUACUUGGAAAUCAUCCUCCUGGGACGAUAAUAAAAUGUGUCACAGCUCAAGUCAUGCAAACUCCCAGUGGGCCAAGAAUAGUAUUGCAAGGGUUACAAGGGUCUGACAUUAGUCCGCAACAGUCACAAAUCUUGCAGCAACAAGUUAAGCAACAACUAAUGAAAGCACAAGAAUCAAGUGGAAAGCAAGGAGGGGUUAUUGGACCCACUAAAAUGUAUCUUGCAAUUACUCCUCAACAACAACCGCCUCCUCUAACUCCAGUUAAUAAUCCGAUAAACGAUGACAGUGUCGCCGCGCAUGAAUCUGUCGAGCCGGAUGGGGAAGGAAAUGAACUUUCGGGUACAGAGGGAAAUACGGACGAACAUUCUGAAGAUCCUAUCGAAGGUUUCGUUGUGACGCAGGAGUAUAUUCAAAAUACAAUCAAAAAUGUUCUGCGACAAGGAAAUUUAAAUCCAGAAAUUGAAGAAAAAUUGUUAACGCUUCAACGUUAUCAAGAAAAGCAAGCAAAAGGAGAACCAUUAGAUUCAGAUGGUGUGGGUUCUGCUUACAAAUCGAAUUAUCCAACCAGGUCAACAAGAUCCAAUCGUCAUUCAAAUGUGGGAAGUGGUUAUGACAGUACGAUUGAAUCUGAUGAAUUUGAUGAUGACAAAAGCAAUCAUUCUUAUAAAGGCUCACGAAGGGGUGGUGGAACAGGUGAUGAUGAUGAAGAAUGGGUGAUUGAUACACCUCGUAAAUAUAUUAAGAAAGCAGAUCGAGAAAAGACAUCAGAACGAAAGACAAUUGUUGAUUCGAAGAAAGAAAUCAGCGAAAAUGAAGGCACGACACAGAAAGUUUUCGUCAAAACAAACGAUUCUGGCGAAAUAAGAAAAAAUAUUAUUUUCUGUCAACGUGCACAAGUUCAAAGUUCAGGUGAAAACAGUUUUUCAGUGAUUAGUGGCAGUGAAGAGUCAGAAAGAAGCCAGAAAAAAGGUCUCUUAGUGUCAAAAUUAAAAUUUAAAGCAUCUCAAAAAAGCAACACAAAUGUUGAUGAUGAUCAAUUCACGAAUCACAAGUUACAAGCUCAAUUGCUUAAACAUAAAGAAAGUUUGAAGAGAAUAAUUCUUAAAAAGCGAGACAUUUUGGAAAAAGAUUUAUAUAAUGAAAUACAAAAAGAAUUAUCAGCAGAAAUGGCAGUUCGAAUUAAAAUCAUUUGUGCGAAACAAAAAGUCAUCGAAAAUAAGAAGGAACCAUCAAAGUACAUGAAGAAGAAAUUUUAUAUCGGAUGUGAUCUCUGCAGUAAUUGGUUUCAUGGUGAAUGCGUUGGAAUAUCCGAAGAAGAAUCUAAAAUUAUGACAGAUUUUAUCUGCUCGGAAUGUGAACAUGCUAAAGAUUCUCAAGAAUUGUUUUGUCUUUGUCGUACUCCAUACGAUCAAUCGCAAUUCUAUAUUUGCUGUGACAAAUGUCAGGACUGGUUCCAUGGAACUUGUGUUGGUAUUUUGCAGAGUGAAGCUGAGUUCAUUGAUGAAUACAUUUGUCCAAAUUGUCAAAAGAAUAACUCAAUAAAUUUCGCAAACAUGAAGACGUUGGAAGACGAAAAUUAUAAGGAAUUACUCGUUUUCCUUAAAGAUAUUCAGUGUCAUAAAAGUGCAUGGCCGUUCAUAGAUCCAGUUGACGCCAAUGAAGUUCCUGACUAUUACAACGUUAUUCGUGAUCCGAUGGAUCUGAAACAAAUUGAAAGGAAAAUUCAAAAUCGUCACUACACAUGCCUUGCUGACAUCAUCAAAGACAUGACGAAAGUAUUUGACAACUGUCGUUACUAUAAUCAUUGUGAAUCGACUUUCUAUAAAUGUGCUGAAGAAUUAGAGAAAUUUUUCAUUCAAAAAUUGAACAAUUUUCGGGAUUAUUUAAUUUCAUCUCCUUCAUAACUUAAUUAAUAAUCUUGAUUAUUAAACACUAUUGUAUGUCAUUGAAUUUUUUAUGAUUAAAUGAAUAGACAAAUAAGAAUUGAAUUGUAUUUCUGGCUUUAAUAUAAAGAUUUUCAUUCUUUU